AUGUUCAGUUUUUAUCAAAAAUACCGUCUAAGGAUUUUGAAAACCACAUAUGUUUUGCUCAUACUGGCGAUGUUCAAAAGUUUGCAACCGCGCCCCAAAAAUUCGCAUGAUCAGGAGCAGUACGAACAAUCGCCGCUAAAACGUAUUAGGGCCAAAACUGGUUCAUCUGUGAAUUCUGCAAAUACAGCAGAAAUGGAGCUCGAAGUGGCGUCAGCGCAAAUGCAAGCACGACCGCAAUCGGAUUCCAGUGAGGCUUUGAGACUCGAGGAAGAAAAUAGCAACAGCAGCAGCAGCAGCAGCGACAGUGCUAGCGGCAAAUCUAGACCGGUAUCAUCAGCACGCUCAUCGGCGUCUUCUGCCAAUUUUUUGUUCCGAAUUCUGAUCAGAGAUCGCAAAUGCGUGGCUCUCUUUCUCUUCCAGGCGGCUCUUUUGGUCGUGCGUACCAUUUUAUCAUUGCGUGUGGCCACAUUGGACGGGCUGCUGGUUUCGAGACUCGUUAAAGCAGAAUACCGCAAGUUUCUCCAAGUGUUGCUUGGGCAAUGGAUGGUUUUGGGAAUUCCUGCCAGUCUGAUCAACUCUUUGAUCCACUAUAAUACACGCUUAUGCGCAGUCACUGUGAACCGAAUUGUUUCCAAGCACCUACUUGAUCGCUAUAUGUCGUCCCACCACACAUUCUACACGGUCAACAACAUUCCACAAGGGAGCCUCUCGAAGGUUGCAGCAUAUAAGGCGUCCACAGGCGUAAGCGAAGACACGGAGGAAUUGGCACGGUCAGAUUUGUCUGUAGAGUACUUGACCCGGGACGUGGGCGCUUUCUCCUACAAUCUGUCUGUGCUUCUGAACCAGCUUUUGAAGCCCACUCUGGAUCUGCUGCUCUGUUCCUUCAAGUUGGUCUCCAGCACCAGCAACGGAAUGAUGGGCGAAGGAACUCUGGUGCUUGGCAUUAUAGUUCACAUCAGCAAUUUGCUGCUCAAAAUGAUUCAGCCCAAUUUUACCAAACUCGCAAUUCAAAGAACUCACUUGGAAGGCAUUUUCCGGAGCUUACAUUCCAAAAUCCACACCAGUAAUGAGGAGAUUGCACUCAUGAAAGGUCAGUCUACGGAGCUUUGGAAUCUGGAUUACAAAUUCUACCAACUCGCCAUUUUCCUCAAUCGAGAGCUCAAACUGCAUUCCAUUUACGACUUUGCUACUACUUUUGUGAUCAAGUAUACCUGGGGAGCAGCUGGUCUGGCACUUUGCUCCAUCCCCAUUUUUUUCCAAAAGCAGCAUAGCAGCGACAUAACAGCCGAUUUCAUAACAAACCGUAGGCUGCUACUAACGGCGUCUUCGUCUGUUGGUAGAUUUGUUCAAUUGAAGAAAAGCGUUCAACAGUUGAGGGGUGUGUCUUUGAGAUUGAGGCAGUUUGAUAAUCGACUGGAGGUACCAGGCGACUCACUAGGUGCAGAGAGCAACGAUUCUUUAAUCGAGUACGAUGACUCAAAGAUUCAGUUCAUCAACAUUCCUCUUGUAACUCCGACUUUCCAGAUCCUAGUUCCUGAACUCAACUUCGAACUGCGUCACGGCGACCAUCUACUGAUCAUUGGACCAAAUGGUUGUGGUAAGUCGUCACUAUUUAGAGUGCUAGGAGGGUUAUGGCCGGUGAUGAAAUCUUUCACACACCCGGAGAAAGAGUCCAAGCUCAUAAUGCCACCUCGAGUCGGUCCCAACGGCGAGAAACCCAUUUUCUAUCUCCCCCAGAAACCAUUCAUGGGCAACAAGUUCACCUUCCGCGAGCAGAUCAUAUAUCCAGAUACCAUGGACAAAUUUGAUGCCAAAUACGAAGGAGAUUAUGAGAAAGGUGACAAUGAACUGACUGAAAUCCUGCAUGUUCUGGAGUUGGACGAUCUACUGACGGAGAAUAUGUCCCUCGUUAUGGCGUCGUCGUCCGUGGACACGAACCACAACGACGCUGAAGUAUCAACACAAGAUGCGUUUGAUGUUGUUAGAAACUGGGCCGAAGAGCUCUCCAUUGGCGUUCAACAAAGGCUUGCGAUGGCCAGAAUGUAUUAUCACAAGCCCAAAUUCGCUGUUCUUGAUGAGUGCACCUCUGCAGCAUCCCCCCAAAUGGAGCAGAAAAUGUAUACGCACGCGCAGGAGCUGAACAUUUCUCUCAUAUCUGUUUGUCAUAGAACGACGCUGUGGCAUUUCCACAAUUGUCUGCUCAAAUUUGAUGGGAAAGGCUCGGCCAUGUUUGGCCGUUUUGAUCCACAACAAAGACUCGAAGACGAAGAGAAAUUGAUCGAGCUGAAUGCUCGGCUCGAGAAAGAUGUCCCGCUGUGGACAAAGAGACUUCACGAACUUCUAAUUGCUAGAAAAUCGAGCAUUUCGCGGAAAUCUCAGACGAACUUGGUCUCGCUCAAAUCCAAGCGCGACCUACUUCUUUCACCAAAAGUAGUCGAUACGUGA